AUGAAGCACACAGUUCUAGUCUUGGUGUAUAUUUUGCACUAUGUGGUGUCAAAUGAGGUUAUAAACGACAGGCCCAUUAUAGGGGUACUAGCCCAAGAGCAGUCCUAUUACCUCCAUACGAAGUAUCCAGAGGAGAACUACACUAGUUACAUAGCGGCGUCGUAUGUACGAGAUGUGGAGAAGUCUGGGGCGAGGGUUGUGCCUAUCAUGAUUGGAAAGGAGCGCAGCUACUAUGAAGCACUUAUGAGUAAAAUUAAUGGAGUACUUUUCCCCGGUGGUGCUACAUAUUUCAACCAAUCCAACGGUUACGCUGACGCUGGAGAGCAUAUUCUGUCUAUAGCCAAGGAGUUGAACGAUGCUGGGGACUACUUUCCCAUAUUCGGGACCUGUCUGGGUUUCCAGCUGAUAAUGAUCCUGGAGUCAGGCCGCGGGGAAGUGGAGAAUAGAGGGACUUGCUGGUCUUUCAGAAACCUGCCGCUACAUUUUACUGAAGAUUUCCGUAGCAGCAAGAUGUUUAGCGAAUCCAGCGCUGACGUGGUUGACAUUUUAGCUCAUGAUGAUGUCACUGUAAACGCUCAUCAGUUUUGUAUUUUUGAUGAGAAUUUGAAGGCAUAUAACUUGGAUGAAGUGUGGCAGCCAACUUCAUACAGCAUCGAUGAUUUUGGAUUGUCUUUCAUAGCCACUAUUGAAAAUAAGAGGUAUCCAUUCUACGGAGUCAUUUUUCAUCCAGAGAAGAGUUCCUUCGAAUGGAAGCGGUCCAAACAGUACCCCCACUCAAUAAACGCUGUUGUAGCUAACCGGUAUUUCAUGGAUUUCUUCGUGAAGGAAUGCCGGAAGAGUGGUCAUACGUUUGCCAAUGAAGCUGAAGAGAAUCAGCACGUUAUUUACAACCACGAGCCAAAAUUCACUGGGGUCUUGGGCAGCCAACACCACGAGUGCUACUUCUUCGAGCCAAACUAUACUAAAUAG